GCGCAUUUUCUGAACAGUUUGAGACCUGUUGUGUUGUGACGAAGAACGUAAGAAAGUGCCUCUUAUGGCCUAACGAAACGAGCAAAUAGUGCGGCGAGUUUGGCAAAAACCACAAGGUAUUCUCUUGGGAUAUCUGAAGGACCAGCUCAAGUUUUAAAGUCUUCGUUUGAAGAUGACCACAGAGGACAACGGCAACAUUGGAGGAAUUCUGAAGCCGACUUCCAGUAGCAAUGAAGAUCUGAGCGAAUACACUGAUGCCGAUGAAAGCAUAUCGGCUCCAACUGAGUUUCUAGCCGAGUUUUUAUCGGCUGUUAUGCUAAAGGAUUACCUGACCGCGCUCAAGUAUUGCAAAUUAAUUUUGCAAUAUGAGCCAAAUAAUGCAACGGCUAAGGAGUUCUACCCCUUGAUCUUGGAAAAGUUAAAACAAAAUAUUUCAUUAGCAAACGGAAAUGGAGAAGAAGGAAGCAGCAACGAGAGCGAAGACGAAGAAAGUGAAGGAAAUAGUCCUUCAGCUUCAGAGUCCGCCAGUAGCGCCAGCGAAGAAAGCAGCGAAGGACAAGAGGAAGUUGAAGAAGAGGAGGAAGAAAUCGAGCAAGGAGUAGGCGAUAAAGGAUCCAAAGGGUCAUCGGAAGGAGACGGAACCACAGGCAGUUACUCCAGCUUGGAAGAUGAUGAAGCAGAAAGUGAUCAGCUUUCCGCGCUUGUGGCGAAAUACCAAACUGAUAAUGUUAACUUCGGCAACGGGAAUAAAAUCUGUCCAACAACCCACCAUGCAUCCUCCAACACCUUUCUAAAUGGUAAGAACAUUCCAGUGGAUAACUGCGCUUCUGAUCGCGGGCUUCAAGCUCAGAAUAUCCAUUUUAUGACCAGCUCAGACUCAGAGUCACCAACCGAACCAUGCCAAACUGUUGCCAUGCUCAGAGCCAGAGUGGUGCCAAAUAACGUGUAAUAUUCCAGAGCCGGUUUUUGUACUAAUUUAUAAUUAUUUCCGUUUAUGCGUCACCUUUAACUUCCAUAUGUAUAAGAAAAAAUACAAAUGACACUUAAAAAAUACAUUUUUCAAAAUAUUUGGUUUUACUGUCAUAGACAAAGUUAAUCGGAUUUUACGGACUAAUAAAUUAACUUUUUAAAAUUAUCGUUUAAUCAGUGACAAUAUUUUAGUUUCAAUUUAUUGCACAUGAGAGGGUGAUCCAUUUUUUAAAUCGAGAAAAUGUAUGAAACGAAAGUGCUUCGCUUUAAAUCUAUCGGGUAUAAAGUUAACGAUCUUAUACAACAAUUUCUCGCAUUGUUUUCUGGACCGGAUGCUAAAUCUUUCGCCAAAUCUGACUGAAAAGAGAAAUGAAAAUAAAUGUAAAUGCCGAAGGAAAAAUAUACCUACAUACAAAAAUAUGUAUGUACCAGAAACGGAUGAAAACUGAAUGAAAACGUCUUAAUUCAAAGUAUAAAAAGGUCUUAACCGUGCAUUAGAUGGAAUUGAAGACAAAAUUAAAAUAUGGAUAAAUCAAAAGCGACUACUAUAACGAGAUUGACUUUAUUGAUGAUGGUAUCAAAAGGAGUAAAACACAUUCAAGAACGAUUAACACCGAAAGGAUGAAAAAAAAUCGUUUAAAACGCUGUGAUAAGAUCGCAGAAAUGAAGUGCGGUUGUGGAAUAGUUCAAAUAAAAACUUGUUUUUUUUUCUACGAUUAGCAUCAUGGAGCGUUCAUAAGCGAAGCAAGCUAUUUCCGAACCUUCGAUCGAUUUUAGACGAAUCCCGGAUUAAAAAAUUUAUUGCUAUGUUUAAAAGUACAAAAACCGAGCUUUUAAUAUUAACUCACCCAAAUGCCACACAUAAAAGCUUUCUCUAACGCAAUAUUUUCCCAUUUAAAAUAUUUAAACAUUUUUUAAACCAUUUAUCUUGCCAACGAUAUCAAACACAUCUUCAAGGCAAGAAGAAACUCACACUCUUCUAAAACUAGUGGGUUUUUUGGCCGGAAAAUUGAAUUUCUUCCUGACGUUUCGCAAGCACGAGUGGUUUGCAUCUUCAGAGGUGGUUUGCUUGAACGCUGAAGCUUACACUGUUAUGAUCAGGACAGUGUAAGCGUUUUUAGGACGGCCUAAAAACCCACUAGUCUCAAGAAAUGGCCUCGAAACACACACCGCUCUAUUUUUGUGCAAAGUUUUUCUUUGAUGGCAAAAAUAUACUAAAGACUCAAUUAUUUGGCUGGACAGUUUUUGAUUUUUCGGCCAAAUUACUGCACUUAUUUAACUUCUACGCCAAAUGCAUAAACUGCUUUAGCAGGUAAAAGAACUGUCUAACAACAAAUAGGUUGAAAAUUGCUUAUUUCCUUUUUCUUGCGCCAGUGUGAGUUUUAAAUGUGGUUAAAGCAAACACAUUUGAUAGCAUCCCUACACCCAUCCAUUACCAAGAGAUCAUAUCUUUCAUGCAAGCAAAACUUAACCAACUGGGCAUCCAUUGUGAUCUUUUAUCGCAAAAUCUACUUUCUGCUAUAAAAAUUUGUUAAAUUUCACAAAACUUUACAGCCAAAGCAAGACAUUUUCAACAGAUCAUUCCACCGAAAUCAUUCCGUUUUGUAAGUAAUGAAAUUGAUAAUUAUACAAUAAUGAGAAAUCAGAAAGCUAUAGGUUGAUGAAGAUUGCGCCAAACAUGAUUCAUCUGAAAAAUAGUUCCGAUAAUAACUGGAAAAGUCCAACACUAUGGGCAAGAUUCACUUUUUAACGUUCACAUUUUUUAAACAUCUGUGUAUGAAACUGUGUGAAAAACCGUGAAAAAACAAUUAAAACCAAUUCACGCGUUUUACCUGAAUACUUAGAUAUAUGAAGAAGUUUGGUAGAGAUAGAAAUGAUAUCUAUUAUAUUUUAAAUAUCUCCUAGAUUAUUAGAUCAGAUUAGAAAGUAAUAUAACUCUUGAGAAAGCUACUAUGUAACCUUUAAAGUGUCUUAGUGGUACCCUGAUAAAAUCAAAUAUUUUGUAAUGCGAAAAUUCAGAUCUUCGUGUUACGUGUGUGGUAAAUUAGAAAACUAUUGUUGUAGUACCCAAUGCAUCAGUGGAUAUAUUUUUGUAUUUUUUGUAGGUAGAUUUUUAGAAAGUGAAAGGGUUGCAUCCCAAAUUUUUGUUAAUCGAUUGGAGGCGAUCUGAAAAGCGAAAAAUUGACCAGAUUUUCUAAGAACGACUGAUAUCCAUUGCUUUUGCUACGUACAUUUAACGGUGCCCAUUUUCAAUUUCAUACAUUUACUGAUUAAAAUGCAACUCUUUCAACGGUAGAACGUCAUCGACCAAACAAAAGAUUUUGUCCCUAAAGUAAUACUAUUUGAAAAAACUUAGUUAUAAAGACUGAAUGUUUUCUUAGAACAUAGAGAUAGCCACAGACAUAUCUCACCACAACUGAAGAUUUUAGUUUGGGAUAGAACUAUUAAGGUAGCAAAUUACCUAAUAAGAUAAUAACGCGUUUACUAACCAGUACAAGCUGUGAAAAAAUGUAAAAAAACACAUUUUAGGUAGAGGCGUUGACCAGUUGUGGUACUAUCCAAGUACCUACUUAAACAACAGAAUACUAUUAAAACAGUCACUGGUUAUAUCUAAGAAUAACGAUAAUUAAAAGACGUUUUGAAACAAUUGACUCCUUUUUGUUCUUAUGCGAUUCAGUAGGGUGAUUUUGUCAGCGAUUUAUGUAUGUUGAAUUAUUUUUCUAUAAAUCUCACUAGAUAAUUUUUUAAUUUGCUAUCAGUUCAGUUAUUGUAGUCACUGGUUUCAUAGCAAUUAAUUACAUUAUUCUAACAUGGAAUGAGAGGCAUUGUAGAUUUGUGUAACUGUAUUAUAUUAAAAAGUAGUAAAUAAAGCAUAUCAUUAAUAA